AUGUCCGACAACGAGUCGCUGACUAGUACCAGCAACACCCUUGAGGGCUUCGUCCCCAGCAGCCCUGUGAGUGGUUUGGAGAUGCCUCUUUCGUCGGCAUAUCACACGCCCAUACCCAUGAAGUCCAAGGCCAGUACCACAUAUGGCAUCCUACCACCCGAGCUCUGGAUUAUAAUCCGGGAUAUUCUAGAGGUGAACGAUGAUCGUGCCACUCUAGCUGCCCUAGUACGAUGCAACGCCGGAUUUCAGAGACUCCUGCAAGCGCAUCUGUACAAGCGCUUUAUCACGAACAGUUACCAAACCAGACGCCCCCGAUCGCUCGCCGGUUUUAUCCAGACGGUGUCGAAGUUACCUCACCUUGCCUCUCUUGUCAAAGUCGUCGCGAUCAGCACCAUGCUCGCCAAUGACGACCCCUUCCUGAUCAAUGGUGUAGGAGGAUUUCCGCGGUUCCUUGCGGAUAUGAACCCCCAGCUUGCAUUACAUGUGCUGAGUGCAAUCAGCGGAUAUCAACCCUUUCAAGGCAGAUUUCAGACUACCCUAACGGAUUUACUGCCUACGCUCUUACCCAACCUUGAGUAUCUUUAUACGCACUCAACAAUCGCGAACGGAACUCUUAUGAACAACUCGCCUGACAUACAUUACAUGGUCCCUUGGUCGCUGAGUUAUGCAAGACUUUGGGGAAUGCAGGACUCCAACCGCAUGACUUCCCUUACCAGUCUCAUCGUCACCCAUGAUAAGCCAACCUUCCUCUUCACGCCCUUUCUCAUCAUCGCACAGUGGGCUAAGGUGGCUCCUAACUUGCAAUCAUUUGGCGUACAGACCAAUGCCAUGAGUUACGGACAAGCAAAUCCUUUCAUCUUGAAGCAGAUUCAACGGCUACCGAACGACGCCCCGCUAGCCGCCGCUCUCGACAGAAUUCAGGAAUUCCAAUUCCAGUGCGACGAGCAUGAAGAAGCCUUAGAAUGCUUCCACUUUAUGUGGCGUUGCAGCAACCUUAAGCGUGUCAGCCUAGAGAUGACGAAGUCGUAUCAUCUUAAUGAGGAAUCCAUUAGAGGUCGCUGUUUCACUGUCAGCAACACUCUCUGGCAUCGUGGCCCAAGUGUUCUAGAGCCUGCCCUGAGCCCAGCCGAAUUACCUGUGCCCCUAAACAACACUAUUCCCUGCUCGGGACUCUUCACCGUUCGAUUACGCCGCAGUUUACACUUUCUCUCCGUCAACCAGAACAUGUUGAUGUUCGCCGCCAUGAUGCGCCAUAACCACCAUCGUUACGACCGCCGUAUCGCAUCCAUGGUGGUAAACUUCAUACCAAUAACCGUCAAGAUCCUAUUCGUGACUGAAAUCGAUCUGAGAGGUAUGCCGGCGAUCUAG